ACUGUGCUUUGCUCUGGUCUCUCUCUAGUCUUCACAAAAGAAAAAAAACCCUAAAAAUCUCUUAUUGAGCUUCGAAUCCCAAUUAUUUUUUUUGUUUCUCAUUGAACGCCCUUUCGAAAUUGUAAAAGGGUUUCGAUAGAGGAUGAGGUUAAUUGCUUAAAUUGAGAUGGAUAAUGAUAAGGGUCAUAUUGAUAAUUAUUGUUAUAGAUUGAAGAAGAAGAGGUGAAAUUCAAAUCAGCAAAAAAGGAACAAUUUUUAAUAAAAGCUAGGGUUUUUUUUGAAUUAUUUGUUCUAGAGGGAUUUCCUGGUACAGUUGUGGUUCUCAUGAGAAUUGUUUGGGGAAUGCAGAGAUUGAUUAGUGAAGAACAAAAGGCAUUGACCUGGAAAGAAUCAUACAGUAAAGGAAUUGGGGUUACCGUUCCUAAAGCUAGGGCAAGAGAUAAACUAUUGUUUACGGCUUUAUAAUCAUUUUGGAUUUUUGAUUGGAUAGGGAUUUUUCAGAAAAAUGACUCGUAUAUUAGUUCAACGAGGUACUAGUGGUUCUUCUUCAAAUCAGAGUAGAGCUAGUUCGUCUUCGGCAGCAUCUACACAACAACAGUUACAGGGUGCUCAGGUUGUUACUCCUACUGUGAAAGAAGCUGAUGUCCGAGAAGAGGACGUGGUGGUGCAAGUAGACGAUUUAGUUGAGAUUCCGGGUAGUGGAGAUGAGAAAUUAGGUUCUAAGAAUCUGCAGGAAGCUGGGAAUUCGACAGCUGCUAGUGAAUUUGGUGACAAAGAGAAAAUUGUUGGUAGUGAUAAUGUCGUUGCAGAUGUUGCUUCGAGGGAAGUUCAUGGGUUGCGGAUUGCUGAGAAGCUUGAUCUAGAUCUGAUCGAGGGCUCUAGUGUUGGCAUUUCACAUAAAGCUGCUGAAGGCUCAUGCUCACCUCCUCCACCUCCUCCUGUUCCACCACCCAAACCCUUGGCAGAAAACUUGAGCUCUAGGAGAACUGGUUCUGGAGGUUCAAAUGCUGUGCGCAUUGGUCCUUCUAGAAGAGCCGUUGCUUGGCCUGUCGUUUCAACUCGGACUUCACCAUCUGGUUCCCGUUCGUCUUCUCCAAGGGCUUAUGGUGAGGCUGAAGGUUACAACAGUGCAGAUGAGCAGAACCAUUGUUUUGGGCCAUCAUACGGACCAUCAUAUGAUGAUGCAGAAAGAGAACGCCAGUUUGAGCUCGAUAUAAGAAGGGGCAAAGGUUUAGAAGUUAAGCGCAUGCUGGAGGAUGGAAACUGCCUGUUUCGUGCUGUUGCAGAUCAAGUGUAUGGAGACACUGAAGCAUAUGAUUUGACUAGACAGAUGUGCAUUGACUAUAUGGAAAGAGAAAGGGAUCACUUUUCGCAGUUUAUAACUGAAGGUUUUACAUCUUAUUGCAAAAGGAAGAGGCGAGACAAGGUCUAUGGAAACAAUGUUGAGAUCCAGGCUUUAUGUGAAAUGUACAACCGCCCUAUCCAUAUUUAUUCUUACAGCACAGAACCUAUCAACACUUUCCAUGGAAGUUAUAAUACAGACACACCACCUAUUCGGCUAAGUUAUCACCAUGGGAACCACUACAAUUCACUUGUUGAUCCUCGCAGACUGGCCAUUGGUGCUGGCCUUGGGUUCAGCAGUCUUCAGGGGGCAAACGUCGAUAGGGAUCAAAUAAAGGCUGCUAUUAAAGCUCAACAGGACCAACAGAUAGAUAAUGCGCUUCUUGCCGAGGGUCGAUUUUAUUCAGAUCUUGAGCUGACUGAGAAGGAAAUGGAGCGCAUGGUAAUAGAAGCUUCACGAGCUGAAUAUGAUGAUUGCUUCAAACAGAAGCUUAGCUUUCGAGAGUCUUCCACCUCUAGUGCAGAACCUUCAUCUUCUGGUGCGAGAUCAUCAGCACAGAGUGAGCAGCCAAGGGCAAAGCCUGAUACAAUUCUGAGCAACAGCAUGCAGACGGUGUUGUCGAUGGGGUUCAGUUAUUUGCAGGUAGUCGAGGCUUGCAGCAUAUUUGGGGAUGAUGCGGAUUCUAUGAUUUGUUAUUUGUUGGAGACUGGUAGUAAUAACAAAGGUUCGAGGCGUAUUAGCAGACAUAAAGGCAAGGCCACCGAGUGAUUGAUAGAACAAGAAUCACGAUUAUGAGUACUUUAGCAAAACAUCCUUCCUUUUUUAGUUUUUCAAUAAAAUAGUUGGACCAGUCUUUGAUGUAACAAAUGGUUGAGGUAUAUAUAUUUAUAGAUUUGUAAGUCCUUGAAUAAUUCUGCAAAAUAAAUUUGGUUGCCAGUCUCAAUUUCCAAUA